UCUCAUCUGCUGUAGAGAAAAAGUGCCAACAGGCGAGGGGAAAAAAAACAAAACAGCAGUGCCGGUUUAACGUUCCCUCUAAGUUUUGCAUACGUCGCUUAAAAGCUGUAAGAAGCGUCCUGCGUUACGAGAGUGGGGCAUGGUUUUGUGUUUCUGAGGUAAAUAACGUGAGCGUUAAGUUAGCUCGUUGGAGAGUCUCCAGUCUUCAAUCUCAGAAGUGGCAUUUUUGAGUUCACUCGUCUCACCUCGUCCUCACGACCAGCUCGGCUUCGGGUUUGUGGUGGUUGUCUUUUUUUGUCAGGUGUGAUUUUUCUGCUGUGGGCACGCCAGCUUAGAUUAUUUGGUUGAAGCAGAAAGGCACUGACGCUUGAGAAGGAGAAAUUUCACUUUGGUGAAGAAGAUGACUCGGCGCGGUUUAACCUAGCUCCGACUGGCUAGCUAACUCUCCGGCUCAACGGUCGUUUUUCUCCUCAACACCGCUGGACCGACCGUGGUGGUGGUUUCCUCGUUAUUUCCCCCGUGUUCCCUAAAGCGAGUCUUCAGUGAGGAGCCCAUACACGAUGGCAGACAGCCCCAGCUGCGGCAGGAGGAAAGGAGAAAGCCCGGGCAGCUCCAGCUCUAGCCCGAGCUCGAGCAGAAGGAAGCUGCCGCAGUCCCCCGGUUCUCGGUCUAAACAGCCGGCCAACAACAACGGACACUCUUUCCGCAAGGUGACUCUGACCAAACCGACUUUCUGCCACCACUGCAGCGACUUCAUCUGGGGGCUGGUUGGGUAUGUUUGUGAAGUGUGUAACUUCAUGUCUCACGAGAAGUGUUUGAAGCACGUGCGGACCGUGUGUUCCUGUAUGGCUCCUACGCUAGUGCGGGUCCCUGUAGCCCACUGCUUCGGUCCAGCCGGUCAGAAGAAGAGGUUCUGCUGCGUGUGCCGGAAGAACCUGGAAGGAACCGCAGCCCUACGCUGUGAGGUAUGCGAGUUGCACGUUCACAGCGACUGCGCGCCUUUCAGCUGCAGUGACUGUCGCCUGUGUCACCAGGAUGGAGGACAGGACUAUGACAUGUACCAUCACCACUGGCGGGAGGGGAACAUGGCAUCUGGAGCGCGCUGUGAGGUGUGUCGCCGUGCGUGCAGUUCCUCUGACGUGCUGUCCGGGAUGAGAUGCGAGUGGUGUGGCAUCACGGCGCACGCGUCCUGUUACGUAAUCAUUUCUCCAGAGUGCAGUCUGGGACGCCUACGCGGCAUGAUCCUCCACCCCAGCUGCGUGCGCGUCUGCUCCCGCAACUUCAGCAAGAUGCACUGCUACCGCAUCUCCGAGACAUCGCAGCAGUGCGAGCUGGAUAAUCUGGAUGAUGUCGAUGUCCAGAGCCCAGUAGCAUCAAAGGAGAAUCAGUCCUCAGGUUCAUCAGAUACUGGGAAGCAGACUCUCAAAGUGUUUGACGGGGAUGAUGCUGUGAAGCGUAACCAAUUCCGGUUGGUCUCCAUUCCUAGAAUCACCAAGAACGAGGAAGUGGUGGAGGCGGCACUAAGGUCGUUCUACAUCCCUGACGAGCCGCAGGAUUACGAGCUCCAGAUUUACACCCAGCAGGGCCUGCUCACCGAUGACAUCGUCAACCGGAAUGGCACACCUGACAACAAGGCAGUGUUUAAGGACAGCCAACCGGAGGCUUGGCUACUCCGAGCCAAACCCCGAGAGGUGGAGCUGCUGAAGAUCUACACUGGCGGGCUAAAGGUUGGUGUUCUCUACAUAUCCAUCACUGUUGGGAAGAGCAGCACUGUGGACUCUGUCAUUAAGGAAGUACUUACACAGCUUGGGAAAGAGGAUGAAAAUCCAGAAGAUUUCAAUCUUGUGGAGUUUUUCAUGAGCAGCAAACAAGUGCAGCGGCAAGUUCUGGCUGGUCAGGAGCUGCUUCUGGAGAAGAUGAGAGAGAUCAGGAAGGUUUCUCUGCGACAGAUGAACCAGACCCGGUUCUACAUUGUAGAGAGCAAGAAUCGGGUUGUGCAGGUUGACCUGCUGCUGGGAGGCCUUCCACUGCAGCUCAGCACAGAGGAGUACACUCAGUUGCUUCAGCAACACCUGGCUAUUAAGAGUCACUUGGUCACCAUCACUCACAUGUAUGCAGGACAAGGUGCAGUGGUCCUACAGAUCAGCUGUUUCUCUGAAGCAGAGCGGAUCUACAUGCUGGCCAAGGACACAAACAUUAACGGCAAACAACUCACCUCUCUCGUCAUACCAGAAAUCAUGCACAGCAAGCUGGCCAAAGGUUCUUGUCCCCUGCUGGUCUUCAUCAAUCCUAAAAGUGGAGGCCUGAAAGGCAGAGAGAUCCUUUAUGGCUUCCGGAAACUUCUCAAUCCCCAUCAGGUGUUUGAGCUGACCAGUGGAGGGCCACUGCCUGGGCUGCACACGUUUCGGGAGGUGCCGCACUUUCGGAUGCUGGUGUGUGGGGGAGAUGGGACAGUGGGCUGGGUGUUGGGAGUGCUGGAAUCGAUUAGACACAAACUCUCCUGCCCUGAGCCAGCUAUUGGUAUCAUCCCUCUGGGCACAGGUAAUGAUCUAGCACGUGUCUUGAGGUGGGGUGCGGGCUACAGUGGAGAGGAUCACUACAGCAUCCUGGUGUCAGUGGAUGAGGCAGAAGAAGUAGAAAUGGACCGCUGGACCAUUCUAUUGGACGCACAGGAGAUGACCGAAGAUGGCAAACAGAACGGCUUCCUGGAACCGCCCAAGAUAGUCCAGAUGAAUAACUACUUUGGCCUAGGAAUUGACGCUGAACUCAGCCUGGACUUCCAUCAUGCUCGAGAAGAAGAGCCAGGCAAAUUUAACAGCAGGUUUCAUAACAAGGGCGUUUACGUGAAGGUUGGCCUGCAGAAGCUGAGCCACACACGAAAUCUCCAUAAAGACCUGAGACUGCAGGUAGACAAGCAGGACAUAGAGCUGCCCAGUAUAGAGGGACUCAUUUUCCUCAACAUCCCCAGCUGGGGCUCUGGUGCUGAUCUGUGGGGUUCAGACAGUGAUGCACGCUUUGGAAAGCCUAGGAUAGAUGACGGCAUGCUGGAGGUAGUAGGAGUGACCGGAGUGGUACACAUGGGUCAGGUCCAGAGCGGGCUGCGCUCAGGGAUCCGAAUUGCCCAAGGCAGCUACAUCCGCAUCAUAGUAACCAAGCCCAUCCCGGUGCAGGUGGACGGGGAGCCGUGGAUUCAGUCUCCUGGGCAGAUUAUCAUCUCCGUCGCUGGAACAAAGGUGCGCAUGCUAAAGAAGUCCAAGAUCAAGCAGAAGAAGCAGUCUGGCAGUCUGAGGGAGGGAAGAGCCGAGAGCCCAGUGCCAGGGGAAGGAGCAAACUGAUACUCAAACGCAUACACACUGCCAGCUCACCAUAAUGUGGUCCACAGAGUUAACAAGGCUGUGCACAUGGCCUCAGUGGGGUAAUACAGCCCAGACAUUCAUAACGAGCGCUCACAGUGUCCAGAGGAUUAGAGAAGACAUGAGCUGAAACGGAAUAAUAUUUCAGGAAAAAAUAAAUAAAUAAUUAAAAAAAAAAAAACGAAAAUAAACUCAGAGCUUGUAGUGAGUAGGACGUAUGGUUCCAAUAUAAAGGAAAUCAAGCUCACUUAAGCACACUUGUCUUGUCAUUUAUUUGAUUGUGCCCCAAGCUAAAGAUGCUGAGCAUUUAAUGUAAAUUAGAAGGGCAUUGCUUUGAAGUAGAGAAACUAGAAAGACCUGGGCAAAGUGGUUAGGGAAUAUGAAAGACAGCUUUCACUUAGCACAUUUUCCUUUUUCUGUCGUUACUCAGUGACUGUAAAUUUAGCUCUUUAAAAAGGUUUUGGUCUCUUGUGCUGCUUUGAAUGUGAUUGGCAUUACAUGUAAUUGUAAUUAAUUGUAAUUGCCACUGCAACAAACACUGUGUUGGUUGUACCAAGUAAAAGCUUUGUUUGAGCACUUACACCAAGCAAAAUUACAGUCAGCAAAUGAAGUCUCUCUUUUCAGAGACUUCUAUUGAGUUUACAUCUACUUUUCUUUCUUUUUUUCACUCUUUGGUUGUUACUGUUCCUGUGUAACCAGUGUCUUACCUGAAUUUUACAUGGAGUAGCAAGACCUUGUAGCUUUUUUUCCACUGUCCACUACCGCCCAGAAGUUUGGAAUCACUUUUUCAAAAGUUUGGAAUCACUGUUUUUAACAAUAUGCUGCAGAUACAUACAACUACAAUGCUACUGUUCUGUGGGUUUUAAGGUUGUAGGCCUGGUGACUCUAACAGAGUUACUGCAGUCCGCAGUGAUAGUAAAAACGAAUUUAACGCUGCUUUGAAGAUUUUUCCCACAUGUAAACGUAACUGAACUUCCCACAUAUAAACAUAGCUGAACAAGUUGGGGGACCUGGCAUCAGCCCCGGAUCAUCCCAUGGGCUUUAUGGUCACGUGCCCAGAGGUCUGAGUCAGUAGGGGGCUCCUGCGAGCAAUUAUGAGAAAAUCUGAACCACGAUCUCACCGUAGGAACUUCAAAGAAAAAAUGAACUCGUUUCAAAUUUGUCAUUGUGUUACAGCCAAGGAAAACUUUUUUUUCUCAGCGAGGAAGUGAUUCCAAACUUUAAAUGGUUGUGUACGUGCACAAACAUUUUCACACUGUGCCUAUAGUUUCUACGAUAAUGUCAAUCAUAGCAAAAUAAUAUCAGUCGAAUUUAGCAGAGCUUAUUACACUCCUACUAGAUAGAUGAUGAAGGAAGUGUCAGCUGAAUGUCCAUAUCUACCUUGGUGAUGUCUAGUAGAAUUUGCAGUAACACUUCCUAUGAAUCUUUCAUUUGUAAGCAUCUAUAAACACAUUCAUAACAUGUUAUAAUGCAUUCAUAAGGCAUUAUCAACAUGGUUAUAAAUAUUUAUAAAAAUGAAUUACACUGAAUUACACUUUAUAGCCAUGUUUGUUAUGCAUUAUUAGUUGUUACUAUAAUGCAUUAUAAGUAGUAUUAAUAACGUGUUGUACUGUCAGUGCCAAAAAAUCAGUCCCAGCCUGCCAAGCAUUGUCCAGCUUUUCUUAACCAGCUCUUUCACUUUAAGUGUUGCCUUAUAUCACAGCAAAUAAAAGUACCCAUCAGCCCCUCCCCUGAACCCCCCUGACAUUACACUGAGCAUGAAGUUAUUGUGGGGUGAAGGCCUGUAGAGGGAGAAGCAAGAAAAUACUGAUACCUCACUGAUUCUAAUGUCAAGCGCUAGAAACACUCUACACUACAUCACAGUAAUGCUCAUUUCUGCUAGCGUCCUAUUGGAUAUGCAGUGUUAAAUUAGUGCCAAGCUAACGGUGGUGCACAUUAACAGUGGUGUACAUUAACUUUCCCACAUUGGAUAAACUCUUGAAACAUUUGAAGCCUGUAAUCUGCUUUAUUGUGUUGUUUUAGUGUUUCUGUAAAGUCUUCAGUAAAUUCUUCAACUUGAAGCCCCACUCAUAAGACAGGAGGAGGCUUUAGUGCAGUAUGCUUCACUUUCCUUAGAGCAGACAAAUACAACUUAUGAGCUCUUAUAAUUUGUUACGAACAGUACUUAUAAUGCAUUAGUUAAUUAAUUAUUAUUAACAAUUCAUAGUGCAUAAUAAGCAUGCCUAUAAUGUGUAAUGCAUUUUUAUAAAUAUUUAGCCAUGUUUUUGAUGCCUUAUGAAUGCAUUUUAACAUGUUAUAAAUGUGUUCAUAGAUGCUUACAGACAUUCGUAGAAAGUGUUACCGAAUUUGCUUUUUCAAAGACUAAAGCAUCUGAGAUUGGGGGCAGUUUUAAGUCGACUGAGGCAAGUUUUGUGCUUUGACUUCCAACGGAUACCUUUGAUAAUGUGGUAGAGGGAGCUAGUGUGAGGUCAUUUAAACAAGGACAACUUCUAAAUGGAGCUUUUGUGCUCAGUUGUGUUAAUUGACGCGUUCCCUUUGGUUGGUCAUUGUCAUGUGGUCAUGUCAAUCAAGUUCGGCCUUUCCAGUCAGAACUCCCAUUCUGUUAUGAGCAUGAGCAUUUUAGCAUUGUAACGUGAAUGUGUGUGGAUGAACUCUUGUACCAGAGUAAUUUACACUGUUCAUUAUGGUGUACUAGACAAACGAUUGCAGAGUUGUAAACGUGUCCUAUUGUAAAGCUGUACAGUAAAUAUUUAGGUGCAAGCACAAGCUUCAAUAUAUAGUAAUAUAUAUGAGUAUAUACUGUGUCGUACUGUAUACAUGUAUUUGAUGUACAGUGACUGGUCAGUCCUGUUCCAACAGAGUGUAUUUCUAUGAGGCGGACUGAACAUGUAUUUAUAGUAUUCACUUCAACUGUAGUAGCGGUGUCUAAACCCUUAGCCGGCUUUCCCAUCGUACAUGGACAACGCUGAAUUUAGAACAAAUAGGCUGCGAACUCGAACGCGUAACUAUUCUUUCUCUUCAUCUACCUCUGCAGUCUUGACUCCUGGUUCUGUUACUUCCUACUGAACUCUUGAAUCUGCUUUUGCUUUCAGGAGAUGGCUGGCCCACCUGGUGUCUAAAAUGCUAACACACCAACCUUCCCUCCCCAACACCCCCACCCCUCCCCCAAAAUUUAAAAAAGGAAUACUCCAGUGGUUUUCAACCAGAACCUGUACCAUGUUUAUCACAGACAACAGCACUUUCCCGCACUGAGAAACGAACA